AUGACUUUAACAUUCCAUGGCAGAAAAUGUGGACAUGUUCCGUCGGUGACAAAGUUGGGUAAUUUAUAUAUCCGCGAGGCUAUGCAACAAUCAAGGUUUGGUAAGAUAUGCUCGGACUACGAUUUGACAGUUGAUUGUUCGGAAGAUGAUGUUAUCGAAAACGAUCGCAUUAUAUUGGGCUAUAAAAGGAGAUUGUUAAUGAUUGAAAAUCAAAUGCAACAUCUUUUGGAAGAUUUCAGUUUGGAUAUUCAGCAGAUUGAACCCAUUCUCGUGGAUUUACAGAGAUACUACGACAAAUUUCUACAACUUUUACAGAAACGGAAUAAAUCAUUGCAUUGUAAGAAUUUUACUCACCAGUCUGGUCCCACCUCUGUAAAUAGCCACACAUCAACAGAUGCAAAAGUUAAUUUGAGUGGAAAACUUAUGAAUUUUCAGCUAAAUAGUGGACAAAAAUUCGCCGAAGAGAAUAUACUAAGGAUCCUGCAAAAUAGCAUGGACUUUAAACACUACUUCCAGAUCGAUAAGGGUAAAAAGCAAAAGGUGUUAUUGCUCGCCGUAUACCAAUGCCUCAAUGGGCCAGCGCGUUUGCAUAAAGUGCUUAAUAUCGAUGGAAUCAUACAUAAUAACAGUAUCAGAACCAUACUGGGCAAACAAGUAUACAGCUCUAAAUGGAUGGUGUUUCUGUAUGAUGUAAAACUAGUUUUGUUAGCACAUAGGCAAGAUGUUCCGAACUUGGAAACUAGCAAGAUGAUUGUCAGAUAUGAUGAUUUAUUUCCUUGUGCAUUGUACUUCAAAGAUCAUGCAGCAUACUAA